AACACUUGCAUUUCAACACGUCACAAGACCAAGUCCAGUUGAGGAAUUCAUCAAUACAUCAUCAACACAUCAGACCCCAGACUCUAGCCAGAAAUAUUCCAGCAGUUGCCAGAUCAAAUGUCUCCUAAACUUUUUAUUCUCUGUCUUAUGGCAAUGCUGGUCAAAAAUUCUAUUCCAGAGAACAGUUACAUUUGUCAUCUACAAAAGAUUGUAGGGCCGUGUAGGGCAAAACUACCCAGAUACUAUUAUGAUAUGGAAUCGGGCCGCUGCGAAAAAUUUUAUUACGGCGGCUGUGGAGGGAAUGAAAAUAAUUUCAGACACAGGAAGGAGUGCGAGUUUGUCUGUGACCCCAUUGACCCUAUCUGCUCGCUUCCACCGGACGGAGGAAUCUGUUUAGCCAGAUUUGUGGCUUAUUAUUAUGACGAGGAAUCCAGAGAGUGCAAGAAAUUUAUCUACGGCGGCUGUGGCGGAAAUGAGAAUAGGUUUUACAGCAAACAAAAAUGCGAAGCAGCCUGCGUCAAGACAAACAAAAUUGAAUGAGCUUGAUUUGGAUAAUCACACAACUGAAAAUAAUGUACUAAUAAAUUAAUCAAAGAAAC